GGGAGGGGCUCGACUUAAACAAAGUCGGCAUUCCUUGCGGACAUGACAACAAAGUCAUGGGAUGCAAGUUGUUGAUGACGUCGAGAGAUCGUGAUGUUUUGCGAAGGAAAAUGGGCUGCGACAAGGACUUCCUCCUCGGUGAGUUGGAGGAGGAAGAGGCAAAAAGAUUGUUUGAGAAGCUGGUGGGAGCCAAAGUUCAUGAUGACCAGUUCAAACCUCUGGUAAAUGUAGCACUCGGCAAAUGCGCUGGUGUGCCUUUCCUAAUUGUGGCAAUGGCAAAACGUUUUAAAGAUGCUAAUUUAUCUGAAUGGAAAGAUACUUUGAAAAAAGUCGAGAAACUUAAAGAUAAAGAAAUCAGUGACUCAAUACACCAGAUGUUGCAAUGGAGUUAUGAAAAAUUAGAAGAGGAGGUGAAGUCCUUAUUACAACUAUGUGUUGUUUAUGGUAUUUCCAAGCCUUCUCUUGAAAACUUGGUGAGGUACGGCGUUGGUUUGGGGUUAUUUCAAGAAGUUAGCAGCAUGGAAGAAGCUAGAAAUAGAUUAAGCUCACAUAUCCGCACUCUUCAAGCCUCCUCCCUUCUGUUAGAUAGUGAAGAUGCUUAUGGUUUCAAGAUACAUGACUUGGUUCGUGAGUUUGUUGCCUCCGUUGCUUCAAGAGAUCACUCUUUUUUCGUGUUGAAAGAUAAAGAUAAGUCAAUAACAGAGUUGCAGAAGAGCAAGCUCAAAAGUUAUAGGGCAAUAUGCUUUCUAUACGUCGACAUGAAAGAGCUUCCCAAAGAAUUAGAUUGCCCUGAGUUGCAGAUCUUUUUGUUGUUCACAAACAAUAGAUCUCUUAAGGUCCCAGAUUCAUUAUUUCACUCUAUGACGAAACUCAUGGUCUUAAAUCUCACCGGGAUACAUCUCACUUACUCGCCUUCAUCGCCAUUUCAACUCUUAGAGAACUUACACAGUCUGUGUCUUGACUGUUGUUAUUUAGAUAAUGUAGCCGUUCUUGGCAAGUUGAAAGGGCUACAAAUUCUUAGUUUUACAAACUCUAAUAUUCAUCGAUUGCCAAGAGAAAUCGGGCAACUGGUAGAGUUGAGGUUAUUAGACUUGAACCAUUGUCAACUUCAGAUAAUUGAACCAGGGGUACUUCAAAGCUUGAUCAAGUUGGAGGAGUUGUACAUGAAGAAUAGCUUUAAUCAAUGGAAUAUUGUGGACCAAACUCCACCAGCUAAUGCCAAUCUGAUUGAGUUGAAUCACAUGAAUAAUCUCCACACUCUGCAUGUUUCCAUUCCUAAUCCAAAAGUGCUUCCAGAGGAUCUAAACCUUGAGAAAUUAAGCAAGUAUGAAAUCCAAAUAGGUAAUGUGUCCUACUGGUGGAGCGGUGCAAAGGAUCUAGGAUAUUAAAGCUCAAGUUGGAUCCAUUAGACGAUGCUCCUUUGAAAGGAUGCAUUCAAAGUAUCUUAGGCAAAACUGAUGAUCUGUUUUUGGACAAGUUGGGUAGAAAUGAGCAAAGCAUCUGUGAGUUAUCCCAAAAAGGUUUUCCAGAAUUAAAGCAUCUACAGGUCAUGAAUAGUGCUUCUAUCCAUUGUAUCCACCAAUCACCAUCCCAUACACAUUUUAAGAUGUUGGAGUCAUUACUUCUCAAGAAUCUCAUCAACUUGGAUAACUUAUGCAAUAGCCAUAUCUCAUCCAAGUCCUUCAGUACAUUAAAAGUAGUAGAAGUUGCACGUUGUGACAAGAUGGAAGUAUUGUUUCCUCUUUCAGUGGUGGGAGGACUUCCACAACUAGAAGAGAUUAAAGUUGUUGAUUGUAAGCAAAUGCGAGGGAUUGUAGAUGCUGAUGAUGGUGGCAAAGUUGAGUUGCAUAAUUUGCGUGCAUUGGAAUUGUGUGACUUGCCAAAUAUUAAGAGCUUUUUUGCUAUAGGGACAGCUCCUUUGAGUAGUGCAUUAUAAAACCAAGUUGGCACCCAAAUUGCAUUCUUCAAUGAGCAACUGGUUGCCUUUUCGAAAUUGGAGACAUUAGUAAUAUGGGGCUUGGAUAAUGUCGAGUUUUUGUUUUUCGCAUCCAUGGUUAAAUCUCUUGCACAAUUGGGAGAUCUACAGGUAUCUUACUGCAAAAAGAUGAAGGCAAUCAUUACAAAGGAAGAAGGGUUGGGAUUGGAAAUAUCAGAAACUCUGGCAUUCCCAAUGUUAACUAACUUAAACUUAAAUCAUUUGGAAAGUUUGAUGUGCUUCUCUUGCAAAAAGUGUUCACGAGAAGCUCGGAGUCAAGACCGCAUCAAGUCAUACUCCACUGCACUCUUUAGUAAAGAGGUUGCAUUUCCUAAAUUGGAGGCAUUAGAUAUCACUAGCUUGGACAAUAUUGAGAUGAUAUGGGAUAAUAAAGUUGCUGCAGAUUCUUUCCCCAAGCUAAAAUCCCUUUGUGUGGUUGACUGCAAUAAGCUUGUGAGCGUAGUUCGUUCUUUCAUUCUAAGAUGGCUCUUGAGCCUAGAAAGAUUGGAUGCAAGAAGAUGUAAUUCGCUUGAAGUUGUUUUUGAACUUCAGCCACUGAAUCAUCUAGAUGGACAUCCUAUUGCUCUUCCAUUUGAAGAACUGACGAUAUCAAGAUUACCAAAGCUAAAGUGCAUAUGGGAUAAGGAACUCCACUGUCAAAUUAAAUUCCAGUGUCUACGUUCUAUUAGUGUUUCAAGAUGUGAGAGCCUCACCUAUUUAUUUCCAGCCUCAGUAGCUAGAGAUCUAAUCCGACUUGAGGAGUUGGAGAUCGAUGAAUGUGGCAUUGCAAAAAUUAUCAAGAAUGAAGAAGGAUUAGUUCCCAGGUUUGUAUUCCCAAUGUUAACCUCCCUCAAGCUUAAGUAUCUGAGAGAGUUGAAGUGCCUCUACAUUGGAGCACAUACUUCCUAUUGGCCGGCAUUGAAGACCUUGAACAUGCGUGGCUGUGACAAAGUGGAGAUACUUGUAUCGCACUCAGUAAAUGAGAUGCCACUUGAUAAACCGCCUUUCUUCUUGAUAGAAAAGGGCGGAUUCCCUAGUCUCCAAGAGUUAGAAUUGGAUUUAUCGGAAUGGAUGGAGAUAUGGCAUGGGCAUUUUCAUCAUGGAGAAUUCUUUUGCAAGCUUAGUUUGCUUAAGCUUCAUCAUCUCUCCCAGGAGUCUUUAAUAUCCACAUGUUGCUUUGUUGAGAGUUUAACCAACUUAAAAGAGCUGGUUGUAUGUGAAUCUUAUCUAGAAGACCCAAGCAGCAAUGAGGAAGCCAUAGAAGGCACAAGUCAUGAGAUGAAAGUAAUAUUACCCUUUUCAAGAUAUAUUCGACAUUUGCAAACUCUAGAUGUGUCACAUUGUGAUGGGUUAUCAAAAAUGUUCACACCAACAACUGCUGAAAAUUUGGUGGCACUCACAAAAUUGAAGAUAAGUAAUUGUAGAAUGUUGACAGAAGUCAUUAAUGAUGAGAAAGGUGGGGAGGGGCGUGUGGUGGCUUUCAAUCGAUUGAAGUAUAUGGAGCUUGAUGGGUUGACAGGGUUGAGAAGUUUCAGCUCACAGAGAUAUACUUUGAUGUUCCCUCUCUUGGAAGAUGUCAUUGUGACUAGGUGUCCCAACAUGAAGUUUUUCUCUCAAGGACCGAUAGAGGCAUCAAAGUUAAAGAGAGUUUGAGUAUCAAAGGAAGUGUGGUUUUGGGCAGGAAACCUCAACAUCACCAUCCAAAAUAUGUUUGAAGAAAUGGUUUCCUUUGCUGGAGUAAAGAAAAUGCUGCUAUUUGAGUUCCCCAAGCUGAUUGGAAAAUGGCAUAAUGAACUAAAUCCCAUCAAGUCUUAUUGGCAAUUAGAAUCAUUGGUGGUAGAUAAAUGUCCAUCAUUUGUUAACGCUAUUCCAUCUAGAUUGAUGCCUGUUUUAGAAAAUCUGAGCUUUUUGCAAGUGCGUGAUUGCGAGUUGCUUGAAGAAAUAUUUGAUUUGGAAGGGCCGGGGGCAAUGGAAAGCACUAGAGUACUACCUCGGCUACAUGAAUUGAACUUGGCCAAUCUACAAAAAUUGAGGCGACUAUGGAACAAAGAUCUUCAAGAAUCGCCUCACUUCAAUUCUCUAGGUUAUCUCAUCCUUUAUAAUUGCAGCAACUUGGGACAUGCUUUCACUCCAUCGAUGGCCCGAUGCCUUGCCAAUCUUGAACAGGUGGAAAUAAAGGAGUGUGGUCAGAUGGAAAGAGUGAUUGCAGAGGAAGAAGGGCAGGGAAGCAUAGUGGAGAAGAUUACAUUCCCAAAGCUCAGGUGGAUGAAACUAAAAUGCUUACCCAAUUUGACUUGUCUUCUCUUGAGAAAAAAUCAUACGUUGGAAUGCCCCAAAUAGAAUUGCUAAGCAUUGCCCAUUGCCCUAAGAUGAGAAGUUUGACUGGGCAAUCCCGAAUGGAGAACGACCACAGCAACCCUUCACUUUACACUCCCCAGGUACAAUGUCCUAAGCUUAAGCGGAUGUUUCUCUCCCAUAUGGACAAUUUAAGCAAAAUAUGGAGUGACAAUCCUCAAGAAACUCUCACUGUUGACAAUUUAUGGAAAGUGCAAGUUCAAAAUUGUAGGAGCCAUGAAAUUGUGUUUCCGCAUUGGGUGGCUACAAGUCUAACCCAACUUAAGGAACUUCAAGUGGAGUCUUGUGGGAUUGAGGAAAUAGUUGCUAGUGGGAAUGAGACUCCACAUUCCAAUACCACUCAAGAUCUUUUCCCAAAACUAACCUUUCUAGUGUUACAUGAUAUGCCACAACUCAAGAACUUCUGCACCAACUUGCCUGCUUUGAAAUGGCCAAUCUUGAAGGAACUGCGAGUGACUCAUUGUGAUAAAGCGAACAUGUUGUCUCUUGUAGCAUCUAUGAGCAAUUGGGCUCAAAAAGAUUAUCAACGGGGCCUUUUAGACCAAGAAGCACACUCUUUAUUUGAAAUGGAUUUUCCCAACUUGGAGAGACUUUUAUUAGUCGAUAACAAUAUUCAGAUGAUACAAGAUGGAAAUUUUCCGAUGACAUGUUUAGCAAGCUAGAAGCACUAACACUGGCAUGCUUUCAUGAUAAAAAGGCUACCUUUCCUUCCAUAUUCCUCCUAGAGAGAUUUCAAAAUCUACAGAGCCUUGAGGUCUUUUGUAGCUCCUUUGAAGAUUUAUUCUCGAACGAAGGGCUUGUUGAAGAAGUGAAACAUCCGGUGCUUGAAAAUUUAAGAGAACUUAAGUUAAACAAGCUACACAACUUAAAGUGUGUGUGGAGAGAAGACUCGUUAGUAUCGAAAAUUCUUCAGAGCAUCAAAACAUUUGAGGUUUGGGAUUGUCCUUGUUUGAUGACAAUAUUUCCGACGGUGACAUCCUUCCAGGAGCUGAUGGGCUUAGAGGUGAAGAAUUGCUCUGGAUUGGUACAUCUAGUAACAGUUUCAGCGGUCACAAAUUUGGUGCAUCUUGAAUGGAUGACUAUAAUAGAAUGUGAAAGA